AUGUGGAGCACAGCCUCAGUAUCGCCACAGAUCCAGAAAACAGAAUCAGGGGCAGAGUCGGAAUUGCAGGGGAAAGACGGUCACUCAGAUGCGAGAGAGUACUCGAAUUUAAAAGAGUCGCGGAGAGCGGGGUGGGUUUUGAAGGCCCCCGAAACAGCACGGCGGAUGGGCAAGCGAACGGAAGUGUUGUGCACGGCGCACGCAGCCUCAGUCUGCUGGGACCAGUCGACGUCAACAAGCGAGAGACCAGUGUUCAAAAAGGGUAAGCCAUCAAGUGAUGUCGAAUUCGCCAGCGCCACAGACAAGCCUCUUUCCGGUCUGGAUAUGGGCAGUUGGGUGCGAUACAGGGGUACACACGUUGGGGAGAGGGAGAGACGUGCACUUGAGCGUAUCCCGAGUAUCGGGAGCGGCUCAGGUGACCCAAGGUGGAGCCUGGCGGAUCUGGCAGUCGAAAGGGCCGAGGUCGUGACUGGUCACCUGCUCCCCUAA